CUCGGGUGUGGUCGAGUUGUGUUUAGCUACCAGAAACAUGGCGUCGAGUGAAGAAGGUUCAACGCAUACACGGACAAUACAGAAGAGAGCGAAGAAAACACAAGAUCAGGCAUGUCAGUUCGAUGCAUCGUUACUGGAAGAGGAAAUUGGAACUUGUGAAGCUUGCAACCAGAUUUCUGGUUCUGCAAAUUGUCUGUCCCAACCUCAUGUCAUACAGCUUGACCCAGAUGGGCACAUAGAACGAACAACAGUUAUUCGGGUUGUUACCACAGAUGAUGAUGAAUACAAGGUUACAGAGGCAUCACCAGGCAGAUAUGGAGGACGAUGUAAUGGAACAGACAACACACCAACAGUGAUUGUGUCUCCAGGAGAUCAUUUGAAAGAAGAAUAUAUGAUAGCUGAUGAAGAUUAUGUAGACAGGUCGCACUCGCCUCCUCCAAUUUUGUUUGACGAGACUGAACCUAAUGUAAGCAGUGCUAGAGAAUCUCGAAAAGCUGACAAAACUGAUAAUAUGAAAAGAAGAAGAACCCAUAAGUGUGAUUAUGAAGGGUGCUCUAAAGUUUACACCAAAAGCUCGCACCUCAAGGCUCACAGGCGUACUCACACCGGAGAGAAACCUUAUAAAUGCUCCUGGGAGGGCUGCUCAUGGCGAUUUGCUCGCUCAGAUGAACUUACAAGACACUACAGAAAACACACUGGUGCAAAGCCAUUCAAAUGCUCUCACUGUGACAGGUGCUUUUCAAGGUCAGAUCACCUGUCACUUCACAUGAAGCGGCACUGAAUUGGUUUCCAAAAUGACUUCUCAGAAAAUAACUUUUGAAUGGAAACUGCCGUGAUGACCAUCAUGUUUGGCAGUUUGGAACUCAACUGUUCCACAUCAUAUCACAUCAGAGAAGAAUCUACAGUGUCUUCUGAUUUUAGCUGUUCUUUUAUCACCCAACUCGAGUAGUACUGUUUCAAAUUUGUAAACAUGGGAAAGAUUUGUACUGUCAAAGGCAAUGGAGAUUGUGUAUCUUAUGAAUUUGAGUCUACCUGCUAGUGCUCACUGUAGCAGUUAAUAAGUAGAGCUGUUCAUGCUAAGGGAGCAAAAAUACAUUGCACAAGUAGUUCUGUGGAGUCUCAUUAAUGAAGUCAGGAAGGAAUGUCCAGUUCAUGAGUAUUGGAAGAAAGCAAGAAUUACUGAACUUUCAGCAUUUAACCUAUGGCUCCCUUGGAAUCAAACAUCAUAGCUUCAAGACAUCCAUUUAGAAAGUUGGCAAGUUGUGGUUGCUGGGAACAUUCUGUCAAGAAGUUUGGGGAACCUGUGCUACAUACUAGGUAAACCAUUCAUUUGAUAAUGUCUUCUCUUUUUGCAUUUUAAUCCCUUAGUCAUAGCGGUGAUAAGCAUAGAAAAUCUCCUCACCAUAUCAUGAACGUAGCUCAUUAGAAGCAAUACAAAGAUCUGAGUGUGUGGUUUCUCUGAUCGAUCAGAGACGUCUAGUAGUUCUUUGUAGGGCUUGUUGAUACAUGGAAUGAAUCUUUCACAUAUGUUCCAUGAGAAAAAGAAAGUGUUUGUACCUGAAGAAGAGCAUCUAGUGAAUUCUUAGGCUGUGCGUUUUUGAGCAGAAGUCUAUUGUAAAUUAUUGACAUGCAAAUAUGUUUGGUGGAAAUGAAAUACCACAGUAAAAAAUGUGACACUAGUAACUAGAAAGCAUGUAGUUGCCAUUAGAGAGGAGUGCAUUCAUCAACAUGAAGUGUAAGAAAAGUGUACAUAGGAUAAAAUUUUAAAUUAUUAGUUAACAUUAUAAGUUUUUUGUUAUGUUUAUUUACUGUGUUAAAUUUCAAUUUCUGGACUCAUUUUAGUUUUUGAAAAUCCACCUCCUUGGCCAAAAGUAGCAACUGUUUUGGGUUGUGUAGAGAAAACCUGUAACAAUAGAGGAUAUAAGCAUUAUUAUUAUGGUUUGUAAAUGCUUUAAAGAAUUACUAACUGAGGAAUGUAUCUUUAUAUUAAUAACUGGAUUUAUGGAAACGUGGUUAAAGAAAAGUGCGUUCUUUUGCACUGGGUGAGCUACAAAUUUGGAUUUUAGCCCAGAAAGCUCAAAAAUUGCUCCAAGUGCCCAAAAAGAGAAAAGUAGAAAAAGGAAGAUAAGGUUGUGGAGGAAAAAAAAAGGGCUGACAUUCCUUUGAACUUUUAUAUUGUCUGCAUUUACUCCAAGUGAAAUUUUCUUUAACAUGGUUUUCACAAGUCCAGACAUACAGUAAUUAUUACAUUCGUAAGGACAAGGGUUUUUUUUGUUUUGUUUUGCUUUUUUUUUUUGCGAUCUUUUGUUAUCAGAUUUAAUGUAUAUAUUAGAUUCAUACGUGUAUGCAUUUUAGCAUUGGGGCUUAUGGCAAUAAGCUUUUAAACUUUGCAGUCUCUUUCUUGUCUUGAAAACAUGCAGUUUGGGUUUACAGCAAUCAGUAGCUUGAUUUCAAAUGUUGUGAAGUCAAGACGUGAACCAAAAGUGGCAUAAAACUUCCAUCAAUCAUAAUUAAACACACAGCCAAAGAUUUGUGAUUGAUGUAAGUGUGCAGUGAUAGGCGUGUCUGAUACUCUGGGGACUGUGGAUUUUAUAGUCGGACUCAUGGACUCUAUCCUCCACUUCCUUGUUGGUCAAUUGAAGUUUGGAGGAAAUUCAAAUUACAGAAAUACUGUGAGAGAUGAUACUAUCUUUUUGAGGGAAGGGCAGGGGUGUGGGGUAGCCUAGUCAAAGUGAUAAGACUUAAAUUAGUUUUCUGGGUAAAUCAGCAUGGUUAUGGUUCAGGUAACCCUGAUAUUUCUUUGCACCCUUGAUAUGUCCACAGCAAUUUGUGUGGGAAUGUUGUUUACAUUUGCCAACAUCAUGUGGUCAUAAUUUUGUCAUCAGGUUACUGAUUGGAGAGACACUUUAAGUUUAGUGGCUAAGCAAUUUAUUUAAGUGUACACGUCAUGGCUGGGAAUGUAAUAGUUACCUGUUGUUAAAGCUUGCUUUAGAGCACCGUGCACAAAGUGUGUUUAAAACAUGAAAUGGCGAAAUGUCAACAUGUUACAACGGUUAGCCUAAAUAACACUCUGGUUAGCCUGAAUAGUGCUCAGGUUAGCCUUAAUAUCACUGACUUGAAGGUGGGUAGCUCUCAGUAGUUGUAUGGGUAAACCUUAUCCUGUAUUGUUUAAGUGCUGUUUUUUCAUUUCAUCGUUUUGCCAGCUUGUACUUUAAACACGCCCCUGUGCACACUGUGUGCUUAAAUCAGUGUUGAACAUUUUAUUAAUUUAUUUUGGUACACAAACUAUCAAUUUUUAAAGAACAUUAACUAAAGGUGCUUUUACCAGACUAGGAGUUCAUUGCAUGUAUCCCCUUCUUCUUAAUCAAUGCAAAAUAUGUUAAGUUGUUCAGCUUUAAACACAGCUGUUAUUUUCUCGUAGUGAGUAUUAUUACUAUCAGAGCUGCUGUCCUGGUGUGUAGCAGUGCUUCAAAUGUAGUUUUUGUGUUUUGGGCAGGACUGCAAAUGAGCGUGUACUUAGGGAAGGCUUGUACAUUCACGAGAAGUGCUAAUAAGUGGGAGUAUAACUGUAGUUGUAUAGUUAACAACACAAAGGCAAAUGGAAUCAAGGAUUAUCAUGUAUGUUUUCAGAAAUUUUUGGAAUGUAACAAGAAUUAUUUGCAAAUUUGGAAAGACAAGUGAUGCUAAUAUUCUAAAUUUUACGAGGAAAUCUGUGGCUAUUCUUUUUGGCGAAAUUACGCUGAUGAACACAAGCAGAGGCUCUCUUCAAAUAAAUAUUCAACAAUCAAAUAUUUUUGAAUUGUUCCUUGAUCUAGUUUCAAUUUGAUUGAAUAUCCAGCCAUGGCUGUUGUGUUUUUAUAUGAAUUGCUUUGUUGGGCAAGGCUGUUGCUAAAAAGAUGCAUUAGUUUUAGUUCUGUUUCUAUAAUGUAUCUUCAGGUAAAACAGAAUGCAACGCCUAAGUACCAGUCUAUUUCGGACAACCUUCUUUACUGCAUCAGAAAUUUUAAAAGGUAAUUUUGUUUAAAGUGUUGCCAGAUGGUUAACUUGCAGAACUUAACUGAACAUGCCAUUGUUUUUAGUUGACUAGCCUUACCCAAGAUCACAUUUAUCACUGCUUUUUUAUAAGCUAUACUGAUAUGUUUUUAUGCCUUUGGCAUCCUUAUUUUAUCUUGCAUUCCGUUAACCUGUUAUAUUGGCUAAAUUGUUUUUAGCCUAAGAAUAAUUGCAUUACACUGCCAUUUUAAUAAUGGCAUCAAGGCUUUUUUGCUGUAAUAUUGGGUGACUUUUUUUUCGUUUUUGUGGGGUCCCCUUUACUGUUUAUAUUAUGUGUGAUUGGGGUUUUUGGUUUAAAACUGAGGCCUGUGCUCAGUAAGGUAAUUACGUGUGGUUCAACUAUAUAACUAUUUAACUUGAAAUUAAAUUUGCAUGAAUUUUUUCAAGAGGCAUAGGGGACCCUCGGCAUACCUCACUAUCUGCAAAACUUAAUCAGAUGUUUAUAGUGCAUGUCGUUCACUUGAGUCUGAAAACAUGGAAAGAACUUUUUGUUAUGCAACAAUCUUAUCGUCACGCAACACUUCCUUCUGUGAAGAACUGCGUGACGAGUUAAAGAGCAUGAGUAAAAUUUGUACAGUGCUUUAGUUUAGCCUUGAAAAACUUUGAAGCUAGUAAUUAUUAUGAGAAGGCCAGUAGACCAUGCACUCUGUGAGUGUCUGGUGAACGUUUGCGUCAGAUUAUUUUUCAGGUGCAAAUUGCCUGGUGCAAUUAACCUGCUUAUAAUAAUAUAACAGAAUGAAAAUAGAAGUUGAACUUAAA